UGUUAGUAUCCACUAGCACUAAACACUUUUAGCAAUUGCUUGAGCAAUUCUUCCCGACAAUGUUAAAUUUAUCGAAAAUCAUAGUAUUCUUCUUAAUGAAUACGAUGACAGUGUCUCAUUGUACUCUGUUGUCAUUUGCAGCAAGAAGGUUUGAUUUAUAUUACAUUGAAUCGUUUGCGAAUUUAGAAAAACAGAAAAAUUGCAUUCAUUACAUAAACAGUUUAGUUACAUAUUUACAUACUGAAGCAAGAAUAGUUCUUAGAGUCGAUGAUGACUUAUUUUUACUGCUCACAGAAAUAUGGAACAACAAAACCGAGUGUUAUUUUACGUAUUUAUUUAACAGAACAGCUGAAUGUACUUCUUCUUUCUAUAUGACGUCUUUAGAAGGUGUAGUGGCAAAUCAAACCAAUAUUGUAGAUGAUAUGCUAAUUUCAAGAUACCAAACGCCUUACUACCUGGAAAACAUGUGUGACUUAGGAUAUAUGAUGGAGAAGAGCUUUAAACGUUGUGUGAAUAUAUUUGCGACUAUCGAAAACAAAUGUUUGUCCUCUAUGACAAAACUGGGAAAAAUUUUCAUGCCAGGAAUCUAUGGAAACACCGAAAGUGAAUCGUGGAUUAUUUGGUUUUUUACUCCGAAUAUUUGGACAAUUUUGUCAAUAGUAUUGGUUGUGUCAUGGAUUAUAUAUUAUAAAAGAAAAUUGCAUACGCAUCGUGUUUUAGGAUAAAUUAUUUUUUAAUAAAGCAUUUACAUUUA